CCCACAGCUCCACCCACUGGCCCGGAAAUCCCCACCCCCAGGGGCCCCCUUAGGGAGGGGCCCAGCCCCCCACCUCCUCCAGCUCUCAGAGACCCCCCCCCCGCCCAGGGGUUAGGGACCCCCAGGGGAGGGGAACCCCCCAGUCAGAGCGAAACAGCCCCCAGAGGCCCCCCCAACACAGGGGCAAAGGGGGCACCUUCCUCCUCCCCCCCCCGCAUAGGGGCCCCGGACAUGCCCCCCCUGGGCCCCCGCUCAGCCCAGCUGUAGAGGGCGGAUCAGAGGUGGUAAGGGGUGGGGGUGGGUAGGUGGGCGAGAGACCCCCUCCCUGCCCCUGAGACCCCCACCCAAGGCAGGGCAGCGGGGGGGCUCGACAUCUCCAGGGGGACGCUUCUGCCUCCCCCCUGCCCGCCCGGCUGGGGCCUGAAUCCAGACAGGAGGUGCCCACGGAAGCUCAGGCCGGCCCAAGGCCCCGGUAACGGGGAGAGGUGCCAGGAGGGGACGCCAGCCUCCCCACCCUACUGCAGACUGGGUGCGGCUUGAAGCGGACCCAGGAGUCCGGGUGACCUGAGAGGCUUCCACCUCACCCCCAACGGGAGACGUGAGAUGCGGCUCAGGCCCGGCUCACCCGUGCCGUCCCGGGCACAGAUAGCAGCCUGACCACCUCCCUGUCGCCCGCUGGUGCCAGCUCCACCCCAUUGCACAGACACAGGGGGUUUCCUCCCCCCCCCAGGACUGGGAUCCGGGGCCCCCCAUUGCACAGACACGGGCUUUUCUGCCCAGACUGGGAUCGGGGUCCCCCCUCAUUGCACAGACACAGGGAGCUUUCACGCCCCCCCACCCCCCCAGGACUGGGAUCAGAAGCCGCCCCGCUGCCGGGCCGCUCCCCCGUCCCACCCCCGCCAUGUCAACCUCAUCGCUGCGGCGCCAGAUGAAAAACAUCGUCCACAACUACUCGGAGGCGGAGAUCAAGGUGCGGGAGGCCACGUCCAACGACCCCUGGGGCCCGUCCAGCUCGCUCAUGUCGGAGAUUGCCGACCUCACCUACAACGUGGUGGCCUUCUCCGAGAUUAUGAGUAUGAUCUGGAAACGGCUCAACGACCACGGCAAGAACUGGCGCCACGUCUACAAGGCCAUGACGCUGAUGGAGUACCUCAUCAAGACGGGCUCGGAGCGUGUGGCCCAGCAGUGCAAGGAGAACAUCUACGCCAUCCAGACGCUGAAGGAUUUCCAGUACGUCGACCGCGAUGGCAAGGACCAGGGUGUCAACGUGCGGGAGAAGGCCAAGCAGCUGGUGGCCCUGCUCCGGGACGACGAGCGGCUCAAGGAGGAGCGGGCCCAUGCCCUCAAGACCAAGGAGAAGCUGGCGCAGACCUCCACGGCCUCCUCGGCCUCAGCCGCUAGUGCCCCGGCAGAGGCGGAGCAGGCCUGGCCGCAGAGCAGCGGCGAGGAGGAGCUGCAGCUGCAGCUGGCGCUGGCCAUGAGCAAGGAAGAAGCGGAGCAGGUAAGGAGCAAGCCCCCCGUCGCCGUCGCUGAAGAGGACCUGCAGCUCCAGCUUGCUCUUAGCUUGAGCAAAGAGGAGCACGACAAGGAGGAGCGGAUCCGGCGCGGGGACGACCUGCGCCUACAGAUGGCCAUCGAGGAGAGCAAGAAGGAGGCGGUGCCGGCCAAGGGCGAGGAGUCGUCGCUGAUGGACCUGGCCGAUGUCUUCACCUCGCCGGCCCCCCCUGCUGCUGGGGACCCAUGGGGUCCCCCCGCCCCCACCGACCCAUGGGGUGCCUCUGUGCCCGCUCCCGCGGGGCCGCCUGCCCCUGACCCCUGGGGAGGGACUCCUGGGGGCGUGGCUUCCACUGGUGACCCAUGGGGGGCAUCCGCCUCUGUCACGGCCCCGGGAGACCCCUGGGGGGGGCCCCCGGCCGUCGCCAGCUCCGACCCCUGGAACCCUGAGGGGACGGGCCCUUCCCCACUCCCUGCUGGGGGCGUUGCAGUGAGCGGAGCGGCCCCCGCCAGUGACCCGUGGUCGUCAGGCCCAGCCGCAGCCCCCCAGGGGAAACCCGCGGCCGACCCCUGGGCCCCCGCGCAGACCUUCCCCGACCGCUGGGGAGGGUCGCCUUCGAGAGCCAGCACCAACGGCACCGCAGCCGGUGGCGCCUUUGAGCCGGACGAGUUCUUGGAUUUCGACAGCCUACGCCCGGCGCUGCCCAAGUCAGGGAGUAGCACAGGGGAGCUGGACCUGCUGGCCGGGGAGGUGCCGGUGUCGCGCUCGUCCGGCGCCCGGAGCCCCAGCACCUUCGACAUGGCGGCUGUCGGGGGCUCGCUGGCCGAGGCCUCCAAACCCACCCGCAAGACCCCCGAGUCCUUCCUGGGCCCCAACGCCGCCCUGGUGGACCUGGACUCGCUGCUCAGCAAACCCCACGCGCCCCCCACCAUCAAGACCUCCAACCCCUUCCUGGCCACAGGGACGGCGCCCGCGCCCGUGGUGUCGGCACCGGGAGCAGCCGCCGGUGCCUCGGCCACCAACCCAUUCCAGCCGGCCCAGCCUGCCUCGCUGACCCUCAACCAGCUCCGCGUCAGCCCUGUCAUGGGGCUGUGCCCCCCCGCUGCCCCCUUCGCCCCCCCCAUGGUCUCAGUCACCCCCCUGGGGCCAGUCGUGCCCCUGGCCUCUGUCUCCCCCAUGGUUGGGGUCCCGCCCCCUGGCCUGUCCCCCAUGGCCAUGCCCCCCAUGAUGCCCCCCCAGCCUGUCGUACCCACCAGCGCCUCUGUCCAGUCCAUGGGCAACACAAACCCCUUCCUGCUAUAAGGGGGCUGGCCCGGGGGUGGGGGGCAUGAGGGGAGCCCCCCAAGGGGCUGCUGGGGGGAGGGGGAAGGGAGCCCUGGGGCAGCCCAUGCCAUGGGGGGGGCAGGUGGGAGGGGCUGCUGGGUGUGGCAUCAGAUUCUCCCCUUCAUGGGCAGUACCCCCCCGUUACCUGAGAAUUCAUAAGUGGGGGCAGUGUUAAACCCCUCUCCCUGCAUAGCUCCACCCCCAUUGAGGCCAUGCCUCACCCUAAGCUCCCCUCCAAGUCCUGCCCCAUCUCUCGGAAGUGGGGGUGCUCCUGCACCUUUAAGUUAUAGCUGCCCCCCCCCCCCCCGGGACAUGCGGGGGCCCUGCUGCUGGGGGGAGGCAGUGAUGGCUGCCAUGACACCUCCCCCACGCCAGCAUCUCCUUUGGAGCCACCUGGGCGGGGCCACUGGACACCCCCCCUGAGGGAUUUGCAGUCGGGGGGGGCUGCCUUAAUCACCCCCCCACCCCCCAAAAAAGCUCACGGAGCAGGGCCAGCCAGGCCGGCAGUAGGAUAAACCUAGGACUGGACCCCGCCGGGGCUCUGCUGCCGGCCUGUGGACUGAAGUGUGUGGGGGGGGCAGUUCUGAGCCGCACAUGCCCCCCUGUCCCUGCCCAGGAUGUGCCGCAUCGACAGCACCCCCUGCUGGCCGUGUGGUCGUAAUCCC